CUCUCUCUCUCUCUCUCUCUCUCUAUAAAACAUCUGCAGUUUCUGUAAAAAUUCUAACAUUAUAAGUUUACUAUGGCGGAUCGUGUUUAUUACUUAUUCCUUGUGUUGUUUUCUGCUCUGAUCACGUGCUCUUCACGUGCUCAUCAACUCACCGUCGGCGGCAAGAAUGGCUGGGUGGUCAACCCCUCCGAAAACUACAAUCACUGGGCUGAACGGCUGAGAUUUCAAGUCAACGACACCCUCUUGUUCAAAUACAAGAAAGAAUCAGAUUCGGUGGUGGUGGUGAACACCAAAUCCGAUUACGACAACUGCAACACCGGAAACCCUAAACUGAAACUCGACGACGGAAACUCCGUCUACAAGUUCGAUCGAUCCGGGCCGGUGUUCUUCAUCAGCGGCAACAAAUCCAACUGCGCCGCCGGCCAGAAGCUGAUCGUCGUCGUCAUGGCCGUCAGGAACCACCCUUCGCCGCCGAAGGCUCCGUCUCCGGCGCCAACACCGGCGCCGUCUCCUGCACUUCCACCAUCUGAGGGUCCGGCUCCAGAAUCCAGCGACGGCCCGUCGGCGAAUUCUACACCGGCGGACGCUGGUGGAGAAGCGCCGCAUCCACACCGCCGCUCCCUUGCAGCGCCGGCGUGGAAUCCAUCUGUUGCAUUGGUGUUGACAGUUUCGCUUGUUUUGAGUGUGUGCGGUGGUGGAUUUAUUGUUUCUCUUUAAAUGUUUUUUGUUUAGGUUGUUCAAAAAUUCCCCUUUUUAAUUAUUUUUAUUUAUUUUUUUAGUAGGGAUUUUUUUUUUUUUUUGGUGUAUUGUUGGAAUAGUUUGUCCUGUUACUUUCUGUUUGAUAUUUAAUUGGCAUUUUAUGAAUUACUAUUGUACCUAUUUCAUUUAUAUUUAUAUUUAUAAAGUAAGGUAUUAGAUAAUACACCAAUGAAUUGAAAUAAAUGCAUCUGCUUACAAAAAUAUACAUUAAUUGUUACAUGAAUAUUGGAAUAUUUGUUAGGUCUUAUUAUGGUAUUUGUUUUCUUGCAACUAGCAUUU